CCCAACUGCUUUAAUAACUGUGAAAAGAACCAUGCUGACUCAAGUUUACAUCUUCCUCAUGUGCGCCAUGCUCUGCAGUGGCCUCGAAAGGAUUCAACUAUGGAAGACUGGUUCCUUUCAUCGACGUAUAAACAGUACUUCUGACAAAGAUCCUUGUUCUAAUGCUGUCCCCAACAACAUCGUACUGGAAAACUCAGCACCUCCCAACGGCACAACCCCAGAGAGUCUGAAGAACUUCAUGGACGUCCAAUAUUAUGGAGUGAUCUCCCUUGGAACCCCACCUCAGGACUUCAACGUCAUUUUUGACACCGGCUCUUCCAACUUGUGGGUGCCGUCGGUCAAGUGUGAGGGUGCUGCAUGUUCAAACCAUCAAAGGUACAACCACAGCAAGUCCUGUACCUACAAAGCGGAUGGACGGCCACUAAAGAUCACAUAUGGCAGCGGCAGUCUCUCGGGCUUUCUCAGUCAAGACGUUGUAAUGAUUGGCUCUAUUGUCAUCAAGAACCAGACGUUUGGAGAAGCUACCAAUGAACCAGGCUCGGCUUUUGCCACUGGUAAAUUUGAUGGCAUCCUGGGUCUGGCCUACCCACAGAUUGCUGUGGACCACAUCCGGCCGGUGUUUGACAUGAUCAUGGACCAAAAACUGGUGGACAAGAACGUCUUCUCCUUUUACCUGGACAGGGACCCCUCGAGGGCACCAGGAGGAGAGUUGCUGCUUGGCGGUUCUGACCCCACCUACUACACCGGCAACUUCACGUACAUACCUGUGUCAUACCAGGGGUACUGGCAGCUGAACAUGGACGGCGUACAUGUAGGCGACCAGAAGCUGUGUGCAGGAGGGUGCCAGGCUAUUGUAGACACGGGCACCUCUCUGAUCGCAGGACCAUCAGAGGAGAUACACAAGCUCCAGGCUGCCGUAGGAUCACAGCAGAUAAAUCCUGGACAGUACUUGGUAGACUGUGGCAGACUGGACAGCCUUCCUGUUGUGUCUUUCCAGUUUGGUGACAAGUUGUUCAACUUGACAGGGCAGGAGUACACUGUUAAGGAGCAAGCCACCCCCACCACACAGAUCUGUCUGGUGGGCUUUAUGCCUAUGGACAUCCCCAACCCAAGGGGACCGCUAUGGAUCCUGGGAGAUGUCUUUAUCGGCCAGUAUUACACCGAGUUUGACCGAGGCAACAAUCGGGUCGGCUUCGCUCGGGCGAAGUAGUUCACCAACCACGUACCCAGGGCACUGUAUGUUUUGUUAGAAUCUGUUCCUAGUCGUUUGGUCACCUCAGAGGCCUUACGUCAUGACACACGACCAGUGAGGUUAUGAAACUGUAGUAAAUAAUGAUGACGUAACAGAUUUGGACUGAAGAUUGAGCAAGCACACAGCUUACUCCUAAGUUUACUUGAACAUUUCAGAUACAUAUAGUCAAGUAUCUUACAUAUAUGGAUUCCAAAAUCUGCAGUGUGUUACCAUGUGCUCCUGAUGAUGUUUGACAAAUAAACACUUGAUUGGAGAAGUA